UCUACCACACAACCCCACUACCUAACUCCCACCGCACAAACUGAGCAUUUCCCCCCUUUUUCAACACCUACCAAGAUAACAAGCACCAUGUCUGCCGUCGAAGCCGCUGCCCCCGUCGAGAACAAGGUCGAGGAGACCGUCGCCGCCCCCGAGGCUGCCCCUGCUGCCACCGAGGCCGCUCCUGCCGCUGAGGGUGCUGCCCCGGCCGAGGCCGCCAAGACGGAGGCCGCCGCCGACAAGCCCGCCGAGGAGGCUGCCACCGACGCCACCAAGGCUGAGGCUGACAAGCCUGCCGAGGAGGCUGCCAAGGAGGCCGAGAAGCCCGCCGCUGAGACGCCCAAGAAGGAGAAGCGCCAGUCUGCCGUGAACAAGUUCUUCGGCCUCUUCAACAAGAAGGAGAAGUCGCCCAAGAAGGAGCUCAAGAAGGAGGAGGCCAAGAAGGAGACGACCGAGGAGGCCCCCAAGGCUGAGGAGGCCAAGAAGGAGGAGGCCGCUGCUGCCCCUGCCGCCGAGGCUGACAAGCCCGCCGAGACGACCGAGGCUGCCCCUGCUGCUGCCCCUGUCGCUGAGGAGGCCCCCAAGGCUGAGGAGCCUGCCGCUGUCGCUGCUGCUCCCGCCGCCACCGAGGAGGCCCCCAAGGCCGAGGAGGCUGCCAAGACUGAGGAGCCCGCCGUCAAGCUCGACGAGGCUGCCAAGAAGGAGGACGCCACGGCUCCUUCUCCCUCGCAGAAGGAGAAGCUCAGCCGUCGCCUCUCGGCUCGCGUCGGUGGCCUCUUCAACAAGCCCAAGAAGGAGGCUGCCGCCCCCGCUGCUACCGAGGCCAAGCCCGCCGAGGAGACCAUCUCGGAGAAGGUCGAGACUGCCGCCCCCAAGGCCCCCGAGGCUGCUACGCCCGUUACGGCCGCUGCCUAAGCACCUCACCCCAAGAGUGCGCAGCCCUUUCAACGAGACACCCGCAACGACUACCAUACCUUUUUCGAGAUGCGGAGAUCCAGAGUUACCCCUCUCAGUCUCGGAAACCCUCCCCUCCCACACAACUAUCGCAUAGACGCUCUCCGCUGAUCAGGUCACAGGUCACUCCUCCUCUCGACGUACGGUGCAUCCGACCGAAUCGCUUGUCUUAAUCUCCGUUAUACCCCACGUCAAUCGCUUCCUCGGAUCCACCUACUCUCCCUUUUUUCCCCAAUCCUCCCCUGUCUUUCUCUCCCUCUCCUAUUCUUUGGCUCUACCCAAGUCUCGUCUCCCCCUUUUAUAGCCCCUUCUCCAUCAUUGAUGGAUCGACCAAGUGUCGCUUCACGACUUCGUCCCC